AUGAAGCUUGUGUUGGUUCCCAUUCUUUCGUUCGUGAUAGUGAUCUCGUUUGCUUUCGUCCUCGUGAGCUCUAGAUUAGCUUUCGGCAAUCGGGACUGCACCCUUGCUGGUUGGCUACUAUCUAGUCCUCUCUUCAUGUUUUCAGUUUUCAACACGGUUGUUCUCGCGGUCCUUCUGGGAAGCCAUGACCUGGGUUCAUAUGAAGUCGCAAACCAUUUCAUCCUCUCUUCGGAUGAAGAAGAUGUUCGCGAAUGUGAUGGACAUAAUUACAAAGGCCAAUUUUCUGAUGAUGAUGGUGUCGGUGGUGAUGAUGAGGACAGUAGUGAUUCUGAUCAAAAUGUUGAGGACAGUAGUGAUUCUGAUCAAAAUGCCGAUUCUGCUGGCUACGAUGAGGACGAUGAUGACAGUGGAGGCGAGGACGAGAUUGGAUGGGAAGAUGAAGGAGAGCAAGAUGGGGAUUGCAAUUUGGAGAAACGAAUCGAAGAUUUCAUCGACAAGGUCAUCACUGGAUGGCGGGAAGAAAGGAUGAAGGAGAACUUGACCGAAGUUUGA